UUGGGAUAAUCGGGAUAUCUGCAGUUCGUAUCUCUAUCAUUAAAUGGUCAUAUUUUAUCUCUUCUUUAAAUUUCCACACGCUCUUUGAAGUUUCCAAGCAAUAAACACCCAUGUACUUUUGUCACUUCUCUCUAUUUUUUUUUCUCAUUUCACUCGUCUUUCGCGUAACUUUUCAUGCUCUUUCACUACACUUCCCUUGUAUUUAUUAUACAAUCAGUCAAUCACCAUUAAUGAAUUACUAAGAAAAAGAAAACUUGACCUGUGUCUGCAAGAAGAAAUCAUGGAAAACUUGCUGCCUGGGUAUCGAUUUUACCCGACCGAAGAGGAGCUGGUGUCGUUUUAUCUCCAUAACAAGCUUGAAAACACCAGGGUCGAUGACCUUAACCGGGUGAUUCCUACCCUUGACAUCUACAGCUUCAACCCAUCUGAACUUCCACGUUAUGCGGGUGCUCUUUGCCAUGGAGAUCCAGAACAGUGGUUCUUCUUUAUUCCGAGACAAGAGAGCGAGGCGCGGGGAGGGAGGCCGAAGAGGCUGACGGAUUCUGGAUUCUGGAAGGCAACUGGGUCUCCUGGAUAUGUUUAUUCCUCGAAUCAUAGAAUAAUUGGAGUAAAAAGGACGAUGGUGUUUUAUGAAGGAAGAGCUCCAAGUGGAACCAAAACUGAGUGGAAGAUGAAUGAGUAUAAAGCCAUACAAGGUGGAGCACCCUCUACCACUACUGGUGCUGCUGCUUGUGCUCUUGCACCUCCAAAGUUAAGGCAAGAAUUCAGUUUGUGCCGGAUAUACAAGAAAUCAAAAUCAUUGAGAGCAUUUGACAGACGUCCAUUGGCAACGAAUAGGCCAGCAAUAAUGCAAGCUCACAUGGGUAAUUCUGAUGAUCAGGCAACAACAGCAUCUCCAUUGUUAAUGCAGGAGAGAACAACUUCACUUGAUAGUUCUUCCUCAGGAGAUCAUCUUGACCAACUCAACCACUUUCAAUCUCAAUCUAUGGAAGCUCUUGCUGCAGGAAGCAGUACUAUGGGGGUGCAAGCUAUGGAAUAUGAACCUGCAGUCUGGGAUUUGGAACAUUUUGACUGGGAUUAUGAUAUGCAGUAAAACAAAAAUGAUAGGGAUCCCAGCAGCUCAUAUUCUAGUUGGAUCAUGUGCAUGUGAACUUCACGCAUUCACUUGGAUCAUGUGCAUCCAAUUCAGUAACUGAGAUAAUUGGGAUCCGAACUGCUGUGUUCUUUAUCAUUUUCAAUAAUAAAAUGAAGCGACGAAGUGAUUUGGAUUUACUAGCUAAAUAAAGUAAUCAAAUCUUUUGUAGAAUACUUCUAUGUAUGUAGGAAUGUUACAUAUGUUUAUAUACUUAUGUAAUUAAUUUCUAGAUAUGGAGUGGAAUUUAUGCUGGAAAUUAAUACUUUUUGAUGAUUUUGAUAUUAAGGCUUUCAAUCUAAAUUGUU